AUGUUGUCAUCUCAGAAGGGCACUCUUUUCUAUCUACUAUGCUUAAGUUCAGUACAAGGUUUAGUCUCAGCGGAGCAAAAUUAUGUGGUGGAAACAGGCACCAUAACUCAGAAUCUUGAAACCCAUCCCAAAACUACAUCCGCACCCAAUGUAGAAGAACUGAGAGCUAGGAACGAGGCUCAGAAAGUCCUGCUUGCUGCCAACAAUAACAUAUGUGGUUAUAUCAACGGCUCAUCAAACCAACCAUGGGGCUGCUCACUCUCAAGCACCUGUGUAUUUUCCACCUCUUCUCUUCCAUUAGUGAUACCAACGGCCCAAAAAUCAUCGAACAACACAAACCAUGACCCUAUCCCCUCCGAGCGCAGACAACCAGGAGGAAUCUUAUGUUGUGAUGGAGAAAGAGGAUGUCCUGCUGAGCCAGCACCCACAGCGUGUGUCGAUCGAGGAAAGUUCGAAUAUAAUACCUCCUGUACAGGAUCUUGUUCUACUGAUCCUGCGACCUUGAAAUGCACAUCAGGAAUCUACAUCUAUUGCGCAACCCUAACUCUCCGCACCCCUUCCCUCAACGCCCUUUAUUGCAACUACAUCUCCGCUUACCCGACCUCCCACCCAGCCAUCGUAACCCUAAACAACACCUUCACUCCCACUACCAUCAGCCACUUCUACAGCUACACUCCACCACCCAUAAACUCCACAUCUGCUCGUGGCAGCCAGACAUCUGGGAAAGUCACUUCUACGGCGAAAUCUGUGGACGGGGAAAGCAAAAAGCCGGCUAGUAAAGGGGUUGUGGGGGGCGUGGUUGGGGGCAUUGCGUUGGUGGGAUUGGUCUGUGGAGGAGUGUUGUUUUGGAUGAGGAGGAAGAAGAAGUUGGAGAAGGGGAAGAGUGAGGAGAGUCCUAGGAGGAAACUUGUUGGUUGA